CAAACGUCUUCUUAGAUAUCAGCAUUCGACACCCAUCUCAGUGAGCAGCCAAUUAGGGCAACGGCACAGAACCUGAGCCCGCCAUUUUGACACUGAGGUAAAUGUGAGGGGCAAGACCUGACUUGACUAAAAGGCGGAUCUACGUUCAUGUGAAAAAAUCCCUGCAGCGGGCCCAGGGGUCACUCCCUUUCGAAUAGUUUGGAGAACUGAAACUCUUUGGGAGAUAAUCUGAAACUCUUGGUUUAACAGGAACUGAACACUGAUGUUCACCUGAAAAGGACCAAAAUGACCAAAAUGGGAGACGCACUGCUGGCAUUUCAUGUUUUCUUUAUCGGACUCUCCUUGGUCACGGCUAUAAGUGUGACCAUCCCCGAAGAUGUCUACGAGUUUGCCCGAGGAGACAAUAUCACUCUGCCAUGUACAUUCACAUCCAAAGUAGCUGAUCCCAAACCAAUUGUAACAUGGACUGUGGAAGGUGACCAAGGCAAAGAGGUUACCAUACUAACAUACUACACUUCAAUGAAGGUGCUGGACAUCAAGAGUGUAUAUGAAGGUCGGGUUUCACUAGAUCAUAACAUUCCCGGGAGAAGUGUUAACCUAAAGCUGAACAAUAUAGCGCUUGCGGACAACAAAAAAUUUGAGUGUAAGAUCCAAAUCCCUGGAGAUGAUGAGGGUAAACUGACUGACACUGCCAGACUGGUGGUGCUAGUGGCUCCAUCUCCACCCAUUUGUGCGGUUGAGGGGAAGGAGGAGUACGGCCAGGAUAUCAAACUCACCUGCAAAUCAGAGGAGGGCUCCCCGACACCCACAUACAAGUGGCAAAGCCAUGACGUCAGAAACACACCCAGGCCUCUCCCCCCUAAAGCUACCGACCUGGCCGGAGUUUUGUCCCUCUUUAACAUCACCUCCGAGACAUCUGGCUACUACGUUUGCACGUCCUCCAAUAAGAUCCGAUCGGCCACCUGCAACAUGACUCUCUCGGUCAUGCCACCCUCCAUGAACGUGGGGAUGACGGCAGGGAUCAUCGGGGGCGUAGUCGCCGCCCUCCUCAUCCUACUGAUCAUCAUCUACUGCUGUUGCUGCCGCAAGAAGAAGGAGGAGGAGGGGGGAUACGCCAUGGGAGAGCCAGAGGGCGGCCAGUAUCAUGACAAGGAGCCCGGCGACGACGCGGAGCACGGCAACCGCGAGAGAGCCAUCGAGCGCGACCGACCCUCCGAGCGCAGCGAAUCGGACUACGACCGCCAGAGCGACUACAACCACCGUAGUGACCGCUCCAAUAGGGACGACCGAGAUGACCGGUACGAUGAUCGCUACGAUGAUCGCUACGACGACCGCCGGGACCGCCGCGAUGAUCGCUACGAUGAUCGCUAUGACGACCGCCGCGACCGCUACAGCGAUGAAUACGAUGACCGUUCUACCAGUCGGAAUCGUUAUGACGAUAGGGACAGGCCUCCCAGUAUACCUCCAAACAAGCCCUCAAGAGAUUACGACUAAACGGGGUGAACAUACGGUGAUCUAUUUUCAGCUGAUGCAAUAACCAGGUAUCUCUGGUGAUUCAUCCCUGAAAAUUAACUAGAAAAUACAACUUUGCAUAUCAUUUUUAUGGAGCCUGGGAGGUUUCAUUAAGAGAUUUGUUUUGGUGUUGUGUAUCAAGAAAAUGUGUGCUCAUUUUUAGUAAAUCUUUUUAGUAAAUCAUGCACCCAUUAGGCUACCCAAUAGUCCGUACUGCACGGUCUUAUCUAUCCAGUGUGUCGCAUUUUACUAAGUCACGUAUUCAUGACUAAAUUGUGGCCUCAUUUGACUAAAUUUGCUCUCGCCUGACUAAACUGUGCUCUCGUUUUAAUGUAGUAAUUUCGAGGAACACAUUGCUGUUGAUGUUCUGGUUUCUCCGUUUUCCCAAUGUCAGUAUAGCCUACAGAUCUUGACAAAGGUGGAUAUACGUUUCCAGUAUCUAGCUUUAUGACUCAACAUUCAAAAUACUUUUUUAAAUGUUUUUUUUUCUUUUUCAUAUUAAAACCUGGUUUUAAUCAUAUUCUUAACGGAUUGUGGUGAUGCUUAGUUAAAUAUAUAAUCAUUUAGCGUGAUAUAGCUUGACAUUGCUUUCUUCGUGUUUUAAAUUCUCUGAUAAAUACAUUCCAAGAUGUACAUUGAGCCUUAGCAUAGUGCCACAUUUUGGCCCAUGGACUAGUAUUCUCCAUGACACAGGCUAGGCUAUAUGUUACCGUGGAUACAGCCAUCUGUGAGUAUAAUGUAAAUAAACAAUGAAGUGACCUAUUAUUAAUGCAUGGGAAAAGUAAAUUGUUUUUAACUUUCAUUAUGUCAUGAGGUUUAUUCUUCCGUAUUACUACGAUAUCCGGAAGGCAUGGUCAUACUCCUGAAUGAUUAUUUUUGUAUGUAAAAUGUGUAAAUGUGUAUGGGAUUCAUUCAAUGCUGAAUUAAUUCGUGUUAUAUAAAAUCCUUUCUCACACACGA